AUGGAUGACCUCGAAAAGGGCACGCAAGGCUCUGGCCGCACAGGUCACAGCCUGAUACCGGAUCUGGGGACGGAUUUACCAGCUGCGAUACCCGAGCAUUCUUCCUCCAACUCCCUCCAACAGCAAGCUUCUAGCAACACCAACACAGCAUCCUCUUCCACGCAAGAUGGUUGCUCACCGCCACCAGUAACGCUCACACGUUCGCAACGAUGGCGCUCCGAGUUGCGGCGCAUCACUAUGCACUUUACACCUAGCUGGUUCAGCGUCAACAUGGGUACCGGGAUCACCUCCAUCUUGCUCCACCAGCUACCAUACCAGUUCAACGGUCUCGGGAUCAUCUCGAACGUCAUCUUUGGCUUCAAUGUUCUGCUUUUCCUUGUCUUUUUGGGCAUCAGUAUCGCACGCUACAUCAUCUGGCCGCAGCUGUUCUGGAUCAUGUUGUUCCACCCGACUCAGUCGCUCUUCCUGGGCACGUUUGUUAUGGGUAUGUCGACGCUUGUUGCCAUGUGCGCCAUCUCGGCUGCCCCAGCUUGGGGUGGCGGAUUCAUCACAUUUACGUGGACGCUAUGGUGGAUCAACGCUGUGCUGUCACUGUCCAUCUGCAUCGGAUUACCCUUCAUCCAGUUCACACGACACGUACAGUCUCUGGACAAGAUCACCGCUGUGUGGUUCUUGCCCGUCGUCACUACCAUCGUCUGCAGUGCAACUGGAGGGUUGGUGGCGGAUUUGCUGGAUGUAGGGCAUGCCAAGUUGACCUUGGUGGUAUGUUGGGUGUUGUGGGGGACAGGGUUCGGGAUGGCGUUCUUGCUGAUGAGUCUGUACUACGCCAGGCAGGCUAUCUACAAGAUUCCACCCGCGCAGCUGAUCGUCAGCACAUUCCUCCCGCUCGGUCCCUGCGGCCAAGGUGCAUUUGCACUGCUUCAGUUCGCAUCCGUGCUGUACAAGUUGGCCGACGAACACGGUGUUGCACUUCCCAACGAGAAAAGCGUCGAUGUGCAGACGGCAAAAAUCAUGGCUACUGCGAUCUAUGCGGUGAGCGUACCAGUUGCGCUGGUCAUCUGGGGUUUGGGACUGGUAUGGUUGGUACUGGCGGUGUCGAGUCUGGUAGAUCUGUGGUUGGUCAGCGAGCUGACGUUCAACUUGGGUUGGUGGGGGUUUACUUUCCCGCUGGGGGUGUUUGCUACGGCGGCGAUCAAGUUCGGCAGUGUCCUCGACUCGGGUGCGUUCAGGGUGGUGGGGACGGUGCUGGCGUUGGUGGAGGUGGUGUUGUACAUCUUCAUCGCGACCAUGACGGUGAAGAGGGCGUUGACGGGGGCGAUCUUCUUCUCACCCUGUUUGGCGGAGAUGUGCGACGAGAAGGGAGAACCGCCCAAGUACGUGCCCCCAGCGAGAAAGUAUGGCUUUGAGCCGAGGGUGAUGCACGAGGAGUUUGAUGGGGAGGGGGAGAGGAGUCGGAGCAGGAUGAGGGGGAGGAGUCUGGCCAGGGUGGGCAGGUUGAGGGGUGAGAUGUCGUUGUCGAGGGCCAGGAAGUGGAUUGUUGGGGAGCAGUCGCUUUCGCCGUUCGGCAGGGAGGGGAGCAGGGGGAGGAGUAUACAGAGGUCAGCGGCGACGACGGCGUUUUAA